AUGUCGCUCCUACUUAUGGUUCUACUGCAACCGCUGCUCUGGCUCAUUGCGCCGGCGGCGGCCUACACCGCGCUCUCGGACUUCUUCCUACAACAAGUCCCGUCCGGCGGCAGCGACUUCGACAUCGACUCAGGCAAGCUACUGGCGCCGAUCCUGAUCCCGCGGGUGGCAGGGACGCCGGGCCAAGUCGCAGCCCAGGAGCACUUCGUCAACUUCUUCCGGGACGAGCUGCCGGCGUGGAGCAUGGAGUGGUUCAACAGCACGUCGACGACGCCGGCGACGGGCUCGCGCGAGCUGCCGUUCGCGAACCUCGUGUUCCGCCGCGAGCCGCCGUGGACCAAGCCCGGCCAGAGCAACCUGCUGACGCUGGUGGCGCACUACGACAGCAAGAUCGCGCCCGAGGGGUUCGUGGGCGCGACCGACAGCGCGGCGCCGUGCGCGAUCCUGAUGCAUGUCGCGCGGAGUAUUGAUGCAUACCUCACGCAGAUGCACGACGAGAUGCAGGCGCUGGGCGAGGGCGGGUCCGUCGAGAUGGAUAUGGGCGUGCAGGUCUUGCUGCUGGAUGGCGAGGAGGCGUUUGUGCGGUGGACGGAUACGGAUUCGUUGUAUGGGGCGCGAGCACUGGCCGAAGAAUGGGAAAACACCACCCACCCCGCCAUGUCGGGCUACGCCAACCCGCUCGACCAGAUCAGCAUGUUCGUGCUGCUCGACCUGCUCGGCUCGGCCGACCCGGUCGUGCCCUCGUACUUCGCGACGACGCACUGGGCGUACGCGGCCAUGGCGACCAUCGAGUCACGCAUGCGGGCCCUCAACCUGCUCGAGUCCACGCCGAGCCGCGGGGCGUUCCUGCCUGACAAGGACAAAUCGGCGUCGCAGUUCGGCCGCGGGUUCGUCGAGGACGACCACGUGCCGUUCAUGCACCGCGGCGUGCCAAUCUUGCAUCUUAUUCCUACUCCGUUUCCCAAAGUGUGGCACACGAUGCAGGACGAUGGGCCGCAUUUGGACCUCCCGACGGUCAGGGAUUGGGCGCGUGUUGUUACGGCGUUUGCGCUGGAGUGGCUGGAUAUGAUGGAGGUUGAGCCGGAGGGGGCGGCGGUGGCGAGUGGUUGA